ACACCAAAAUUAAAAUCUAGUCCCGUACCAAUUUUAUUUGUUUCUUUUAAUGAGUAUGAUGAAAAUUGUAUUCAUUGUGGAGAAAAAUACAUGAAAACGCCUACCGGUACUUAUGAACAAAGAUAUUGCAAAACGUGUUUAUCGAGUUAUUUAACUAAUAUAACCGAUAAUAAUAUAUACUUGGACGUAUAUUUAUUCACAAAGGACUUGGAAUGUAAUGAACAUGAAAUAAGUAGAACAAAAAUACCACAAAAUAUUCAAGAAUGCUGUAGAAAUUGUUUAACAAUAUUAUGUUUUAAACAAAUACCUGGUAAUUAUUAUUAUCGUCAUUAUAAUUAUCUUCCUUAUGUGAAUUACAAAAACGUGAUUGAAAGUGAAAAAUAUUGUAAACUAUGUGGAAAAUUAUUAUCUCAUUAUAAGGAGGAAUUUAAAUUAUGUUCAGAUUGUUAUCUAAUAUCUUCCGGACGUAUAGAAUCAACCUUGACUAAAAAACUUAUUUCAAUUAUUUAUUUGCCAUGGUGGGAAAAUAGAUCUUAUUGUUAUUGUAAUGAAAAAUUAGUAUUUACAUCAAACUGUCAAAAGUAUUGUGAGGAAUGUUUCGUAUUUUUUAUCGGAUGUAGAUAUUGUUUAACAACAAAUAUUAUUUUUGGAUAUACAAAUCAAUCACAAUGUAAAAAAUGCAAAAAAGUAUCAACCAUUACAAAGCUUAAUAGUAUUAUUAUCCAUGGGUAUAGUGAUUUAGAUGAUUUUCUUGCUAGUGCAAGAUCAUAUGAAUAUGAUAUAGUUAAAUUUGCUAAAUAUGUAAAAAAUAUUGAUAAGUAUUUCGUUCCAUUCAUAAUAUGUAGAAAAUUAUUAACAAAUAAAUCACGAAUGUUGAAAUAUAUACCAUAUUCUCAAUUUACAAAUGUAAAAAAAAUAGCAGAAGGAGGUUAUGGUAUCGUAUAUCAAGCAAAUUGGUUAAAUGGUAAUUAUUGGACUAAAAAUGUCAUUUUAAAAAGAUUUAAAAAUUCUCAAUAUAGUAACAAAUGUUUUUUGAAUGAGUUAAAAUCGAAUUAUCAUUGUUAUAAAUUAUUUGGUCUUAUUAAACCUUAUGGAUUUACAAAAGAUCCCAAAUUGGAUAAUUAUAUAUUAGUCAUGCAAUAUGCAUCAGAAGGAGAUUUACAUAAAUAUUUACAGAAGGAAUUUACAGAAAUUGAUUGGAAAACAAAAAUAAUUAUUUUAGAAUAUAUUUCAAGAGGACUCUUUACUAUUCAUGAUGAAAAUUUCAUACAUCGAGAUUUACACAGUGGGAACAUAUUGGUUGAUGAUCGCUCAUAUAAUAUGCCGUAGGAGAUCUAGGAUUAUCACUUUCUGCAAAUGAUACGUUAUCGAAUAAUGAAAUUUAUGGAGUAAUACCUUAUAUUGCACCAGAAAUAUUUAAAGGGUCUACAUUUUCUAAAAAAUCUGAUAUUUAUAGUCUGGGUAUGAUUAUGUGGGAACUUACAACGGGUUGUAAACCUUUUGCUAAUGUUGAACAUGAUCAU